CGUUUUCCACGGAAGGAAGGUGACCGUGCAGGGCUAGCCCAUCAGGGCAGAAUGAAGGACUGUUGGUCACAGUGUUUGAAGUCGGAUUUGGGGCAAAUAGGGAGCGGAAGAAAAUGUUAGGGCCAGUAAACUGGGAAUAAAAUGUUGUUCGUGGGCUUCAGAGCAGAGCUGCGGGGCCUGACAGGGAGGUGAUGGGUGACCUGGGACGUCAAGAGCAGUGAGAGAGACCUGGGGCCCGGUGUGGCCGCCAGAUUGAGGACCCGGACUGGGGUUGAGGGCCGCAAGAAAAUACUAUGUGGCCUCAGCAGCUAGAAAAGGAAGUUGGGGGUAGGCCGCAGGGAGGGGUGAGGAGGAGGCCUGAUGUCGGGGACCCCCGGCUGCUGCAGAGUUGGGGCGCGUUUAUGUUCUUGGAGGCGUCUGUUUGUAGAGGCGGUGGGGGCGGGGGGACCCAAAGGCAUCGUGCUUCUCUCUGGCCUGGGUUUGAGAAGGACCACGAAGGGGCCGGUGGCCAAGGCUGGCAUCGACCGCCCCGGCCCACAGGUGCCAUUGACGGUGGGAUCGGGCAGGCGCUGCCCCACCGCUCACACUCUGUCUCCGCUGUCCAGCAUGGCACCUUGGGCAGUGGCCGCUCCUCGGACAAGGGACCAUCCUGGUCCAGCCGCUCCCUGGGUGCCCGCUGCCGGAACUCUAUCGCCUCCUGUCCCGAGGAGCAGCCCCACGUGGGCAACUACCGCCUGCUGAGGACCAUCGGGAAGGGCAACUUCGCCAAAGUCAAGCUGGCCCGGCACAUCCUCACUGGCCGAGAGGUCGCCAUCAAGAUCAUCGACAAAACCCAGCUGAACCCCAGCAGCCUGCAGAAACUGUUCCGGGAAGUCCGCAUCAUGAAGGGCCUAAACCACCCCAACAUCGUGAAGCUCUUCGAGGUGAUCGAGACGGAGAAAACUCUGUACUUGGUGAUGGAAUACGCAAGUGCCGGAGAAGUGUUUGACUACCUCGUGUCACACGGCCGCAUGAAGGAGAAGGAAGCUCGAGCCAAGUUCCGACAGAUCGUGUCGGCUGUGCACUACUGUCACCAGAAAAACAUUGUACACAGGGACCUGAAGGCCGAGAACCUCUUGCUGGAUGCCGAGGCCAACAUCAAGAUCGCCGACUUUGGCUUCAGCAACGAGUUUACCCUGGGCUCAAAGCUGGACACAUUCUGUGGGAGCCCCCCGUAUGCCGCCCCGGAGCUGUUCCAGGGCAAGAAGUACGACGGGCCAGAGGUGGACAUCUGGAGCCUCGGUGUCAUCCUGUACACCCUCGUCAGCGGCUCCCUGCCCUUCGACGGGCACAACCUCAAGGAGCUGCGGGAGCGAGUCCUCAGAGGGAAGUACCGGGUCCCUUUCUACAUGUCAACAGACUGUGAGAGCAUCCUGCGGAGAUUUUUGGUGCUGAACCCAGCUAAACGCUGUACUCUCGAGCAAAUCAUGAAAGACAAGUGGAUCAACAUUGGCUAUGAGGGUGAGGAGUUGAAGCCAUACACGGAGCCCGAGGAAGACUUCGGGGACACCAAGCGAAUCGAGGUGAUGGUGGGUAUGGGCUACACGCGGGAAGAAAUCAAAGAGGCCUUGACCAGCCAGAAGUACAACGAAGUGACCGCCACCUACCUCCUGCUGGGCAGGAAGACUGAGGAGGGUGGGGACCGGGGCACCCCGGGGCUGGCCCUUGCACGGGUGCGGGCGCCCAGCGACACCACCAAUGGAGCGAGCUCCAGCAAAGGCACCAGCCACAGCAAAGGGCAGCGGACCUCCUCGUCCACCUACCACCGCCAGCGCAGGCAUAGCGACUUCUGUGGCCCCUCCCCCGCACCCCUGCACCCCAAGCGCAGCCCAACCAGCACGGGGGAGACGGAGCUGAAGGAGGAGCGCCUACCAGGCCGGAAGGCGAGCUGCAGCGCUGCCGGAAGCGGGAGCCGGGGGCUGCCCCCCUCCAGCCCCAUGGUCAGCAGCGCCCACAACCCCAACAAGGCAGAGAUCCCAGAGCGGCGGAAGGACAGCACGAGCACCCCGAACAGCCUCCCUCCCAGCAUGAUGACCCGAAGAAACACCUACGUUUGCACAGAACGCCCUGGGGCUGAGCGCCCGUCCCUGUUGCCAAAUGGCAAAGAGAACAGCUCGGGUACCCCACGGGUGCCCCCCGCCUCUCCCUCUAGUCACAGCCUGGCUCCCCCAUCGGGGGAGCGGAGCCGCCUGGCACGCGGUUCCACCAUCCGCAGCACCUUCCACGGUGGCCAGGUCCGGGACCGGAGGGCAGGGGGCGGGGGAGGCGGGGGUGUGCAGAAUGGACCCCCCGCCUCUCCCACAUUGGCCCAUGAGGCCACACCCCUGCCCACUGGGCGGCCCCGCCCCACCACCAACCUCUUCACCAAGCUGACCUCCAAACUGACCCGAAGGGUCACAGACGAACCUGAGAGAAUCGGGGGACCUGAGGUCACAAGUUGCCAUCUACCUUGGGAUCAAACGGAAACCGCCCCCCGGCUACUCCGAUUCCCCUGGAGUGUGAAGCUGACCAGCUCACGCCCGCCCGAGGCCCUGAUGGCGGCUCUGCGCCAGGCCACCGCGGCCGCCCGCUGUCGCUGCCGCCAGCCACAGCCGUUCCUGCUGGCCUGCCUGCACGGGGGUGCGGGCGGGCCCGAGCCCCUGUCCCACUUCGAAGUGGAGGUCUGCCAGCUGCCCCGGCCGGGCCUGCGGGGAGUUCUCUUCCGCCGCGUGGCGGGCACCGCCCUGGCCUUCCGCGCCCUCGUCACCCGCAUCUCCAACGACCUCGAGCUCUGAGCCGCCGCGGGCCCGGGUCCCCUCUUCUUCCUCUCCCUCGUCCCCUUCGCCUCUGCGGCAGGGAGAGGGGGCAGGGAGGGGAGUCUCCCUCCGUCAUCACCUCAGCUCCCGUGAAUCCGACGUGGGGACAGAGAGUGUCCCCUGCGCUGUUGUCCGGGGCCGCUGGGCAGGAGAGAAAAGCUUGGGGGCAGAGCAGGGGGAGCUGGCACCUUCCUCGAGCCUCCAGCCGGUCCUGCCCCCGCCCCCCCAUCACCCCAACGUGGGGCACCUGAGGAGACUCUGGGGGCAGGGCAGGCGCAGAAAGGGAAACCGAGGAAACUUCCAUUCCCACCCCCUUUCCCCCAACAGCUCAAGAAUUAGGCCUUGGGCGGGGGCCGGAAGGGUUGCUGAGCCUAAAGACUGUAGAAGAGGGGAGGGGGGCUGGGAGUGGGGGUCAGAGAAGCAGAUUCCUUCCCCCCCCCCCCCCCCCCCCCCCACUCCCGGCCCCCCCCCCCCCUUCCUGCCCCAGGCUGGCGCGGGGCACUUUGUACAAAUCCUUGUAAAUACCCCCCACACCCUCCCCUCUGCAGAGAUCUCUCGAGGAGCUGCCGGUUUUUAAGUUAUUACACCCCCACCCUCCUCCUGUCAGCCCCCUCACCCGCAGCCUGUCGCCCAAUAAACUUAGGAGAGUCCCCCCUUCCCCACGCGGACCCCGGGCUUUUCCUUCCCUGCCCUCACCUGCGGCUGAGAUGAGGAGGUGCGUGACUUUGGGCCAAGUGGUUCCUCCUCUCUGAGCCUCGGUUUUCUCAUCUGCAGAAUGGGAGUAGUGGGGGGGGGGGUGAGGGUCAAGGAUGAUUGUGGACGAGGGCAGGACAGAACUCAGCCUCAUCCAGGAGGCCCCCGGUUCCUAUAUCGGUCCCCCAUUCAUCCACUCACGUGCCCACCCACAUGUUAUACCGGACUCUAAGCCACUUCUUAACUCCAGUAGUACAUUUAUUCAAUAAACAGUCAUUGACCUGUG